CACACACAGUCACUUCGUGUAUGUGCUGACCAGUGCAGUUUGGUUUGGGUCUGCGUCUGCGAAGACAAAAAGAAAAGCUGACUGCUGAGGGAGAACAUAGCUUACUUCAGUUCAGGAGAGAAAAGGCCAAGGAAGUUUGGCAGGCGGAAGGAUAGCUUUGCUCCUACAACCGUCUCGACCUUGUGGUAGUAGAGGGCAUCAUUUGCGAGGCGAAUCAUUGUGCUUUUCUUCGCCUGUAGAGUCUCAUAGACACUCUGCUGUUGGUUGAUGCACUUGGAGAAGGUUUUGUGCUAACACAGAAGAAGUCUCUAAUUCUCCUGCUUGUUAGUAGGCAGUUCUCGGAUCUGCUCUACAUCCAAUGACCGUCAUCUGGCCUCAACAGCAGCGAAGGAAGUGAUCGUGAAGUGUGCUGAGAAAAACGAAGUCUGUUGUGUUCAUCAAGUACAAAUUUUCGCGUGUUCCGAUCGGUGCAGAAGACUUUCGCUGAACGUAUUCACCUGCCUGGUCCGUUGGAAGUGAGAUAUCGCCAGUCCAAGAUGGCAGUGGGAGGCAGUAGUAAACGUGCCUUGGAGAUAGAAUUGAGUAACCUGAUGCAUCAGCCGUUGGAAGGUUUCUCCGUGCAGUUGGUCGACGACAGCGACCUGUACAAGUGGGACAUUCGGAUAUUUGGGCCUCCCGAGACGCUCUACCAGGGCGGCUAUUUCAAGGCACGGCUGAAUUUCCCGCGUGACUACCCGUACAACCCUCCCAAGAUGAAAUUCCUGACGCCGAUGUUCCACCCUAAUAUUUAUGGGACUGGCGAGGUAUGCAUAUCUAUUUUACACGCGCCCGGAGCAGAUGAGGUCAGUGGUGAGCCGGCAUCGGAGCGAUGGAACCCGACGCAGAGCGUGCGGACGAUCCUGCUUUCUGUAAUCUCUCUCCUGACGGAACCGAACAUCUCCUCUCCUGCGAAUGUGGACGCAUCUGUAAUGUUCCGGCGUUGGAAAGAAAUGAAAGACAAUGCGUAUGAGAAGAAAGUUCGGGGCCUAGUGGCUGCCACGGAGGCUGACGCGAAAAAGGACGAGAUUACAGUACCGAAAACACUCGACGACUAUGUCCUACACACGACUGGUUCAACGAAGCCAGAUAGCUAUUACUUUAUGGACCCCGAGGACAUGCUCUGCGGCUACGACGACGACGAUGAAGACGAGGAUGGUGACAUUGGGUACGAGGAGGAGGACGGCGAUGAUGAACAGAUGUUCUAUGGCGACGAGGGUGUGGAGGAUGAUCUCAAAGCACCGAAUGGUGGCAAGCCGGCAGAGGACAAUGACUCCGGGAUGAACUGAUUCAGAACUUGUCGUAUCCACCUUGUCCAUGAACGUACGUUGAGCGUAUACGCGUAUACCUUCGCCAGUGUGUGUGUGUGUGUGUGCCGUGAUUUCCCUUGACCCAUUAGUGUACAUGGCUUAGUGACUGGGUGUGGCAGCACCUCCGGCCUUUCCCCAUUGUACAUAGCCAUACGCUUGCUCACUCCCAUGCCAUGGUGUGUCCUGCAUCUCUUGAGUACCUCCCUACCCCUCUCUCUCUCUCUCUCUCUCUCUCUCUCUCUCUCUCUCUCUCGAUCUCUCUCGAUCUCUCUUUCUCUCUCUCUCGAUCUCUCCAUAUGGACAUCCUCUUUACUUGCGUCUCUUACCUAUUUCAAUAUUUUCGUUUCUAUUUUUUAAAAGAGUUUUAUCAAGCCCCAUCACAGGCCGCUAACGCGUCGGAAGUCUGCUGCACAUCCACCGAAACUGUAUCGUCUUGCUCCCGUUGUUUCAACCAGCGGUAAUAUUUCUGACCACUUUGCCCUCUACAAUUUAUCCUCCUGCCGUUGAUUGUCCACUGUUUUACCCUUGCAGGUUUUUGAAUCGUGCUUUUUGAGUAUAUCUCCUUGCUGACCUGCAAUGGCGGAAGGCAAGUGCUUGCAGUGCUGAUAAUAUAAGGGUUUCUCUGUCUUUGCCCAUUCCGUUUCUCUCGCCGUGCUUACCAUUUUCCAGCGUACUCCUCAAAGUAGCACCCUCCCCCCCCCCCCCCCCGUCAUUAGCGUAGAGUGCUUGCUGUCCGCUCUGUCUGUUCCCCUUCUGCAGCGACGUUUCCGACUUUUAAGUCUCGCUUCUUCUUCAUAGGUGCCUAUUUAUCUGAUGUCCGUCGUUUUAGCCCCCGCCGCCACUGCGGUGUAGAUACGUGCUGUCCUCUAGGUGAUUUCAUGCCGAGCACUCGUCUUGCAUGGAUGUCUGUUGCCGGGUAUUUUCUAUGGAGCAAAUACUCGACCUAUUUUCUCGUCUUG